AACUAACGCAUUAAAUCCUCCUCAAGAUUCUCCUCCUCCCCCUCUCUCUCUCGCUCUCCAAAAUCUCUCAAAAAUUUUCAAGAAACCCCCUCUCGGAAAAACGGAAAUAGGAGAAAGGACGGAGGCCGACGCGGCCAAAAUGGAAUCGAAUAGCGUACCCAAGCGGCUGUGGCACAUCCUACGGUUGGUUUACUACAUGCUCCGCAAGGGCAUCUCCAAGCGCAAGCUCAUGCUCGACCUCCACCUCCUCCUCCACCGCGGCAAGAUCGCCGGAAAAGCCCUCGGCAACCUCUUGAACUUCUACCACCACCACCACCACGGGGCCUCUCCUUCCUCCCCGGUGUUCUCUUGCCGUUCCAUGGAUCCCAACCUCUCCUUCUACCACCCCCGGGAGGUGGAGUUCAGCUGCAGCAACACCCCCGCCUACCCCACCAAGCUUUUCCGGAAGGACCGCCACCGCCACGACUACUCUAACUACGACGUGGCCGCCAUCGCCAAGGCCUUCGAGAUCCUCAACUCCGAGGUUUCGGAUAUCGAGUCGGUGGUGGCAUCGCCAUCACCUGCCCUCAUCUGGAGCAGCUUCGGGAAGAGCCCCGCACUGGUGCGGCAGCUGAGGAUAACCGACUCGCCCUUCCCCAUAAGGGACGACGACGGUGAUGCCGACGGCCACGUCGACCGGGCGGCCGACGAGUUCAUCAAAAGGUUUUACGAGCAGCUCCGCCUCCAGCAAAGUGUGGGGGCUACACCGGAGUAUACGUACCGCCGCGACCCACUGGUUGGCCGGGCUUGACAUGGCCCAUUGGUGGUUAGUUGAGCUUUUCUAGAUGUGUCAAUAAAUGUAUCAAGGGUGCGGUGUUAAAUCUACGUUAUUUACUCGGCUCCGCUUUCUAGCUGGUAGCUUGGGUCGUUGGUAGAGGGUGGGAGGUGGAGUUGGCGAUGAGUCUUGGAGUGUUGGGCCGGGGGGUAGAGCAUUUUAUAUCACUUGCGCUUUGUUUUCUUUAGAGACUUUAUAUCAUGAACCCCUAUUUAAAUGCUUAUUUUACGAGUUAUUUUGUGCU